UUUGACAGUGUUCUCAUGCUGCCGCUGCCACCUUCUCGGUCUGAAGAUAUCAUUUCAACUCUAACACAGCAUGAUCGAAACAUAUAGUCAAACUGCUCCCCGCUCUGUGGCCACUGGACCACCCGUCAGUAUGAAAAUUUUUAUGUAUUUACUUACUGUUUUUCUCAUCACCCAGAUGAUUGGGUCAGCACUCUUUGCUGUGUAUCUUCACAGAAGACUGGACAAGAUAGAAGAUGAAAGGAAUCUUUAUGAAGAUUUUGUGUUCAUGAAAACGUUACAGAAAUGCAACAAAGGAGAGGGGUCCUUAUCCUUACUGAACUGUGAGGAAAUUAAAAGCCGGUUUGAAGCCUUUCUCAAGGAUAUAAUGCUAAACAAAGAGAUGAAGAAAGAAAAUAGUGUUGCAAUGCAAAAAGGUGAUCAGGAUCCUCGAAUUGCAGCACAUGUCAUAAGUGAGGCCAGUAGUAACCCAGCAUCUGUUCUCCAGUGGGCCCCCAAAGGAUACUACACCAUCAGCAGCAACUUGGUAACCCUCGAGAAUGGGAAACAGCUGGCCGUUAAAAGACAAGGACUCUAUUAUAUCUAUGCCCAAGUCACCUUCUGUUCCAACCGGGAAGCUUCGAGUCAAGCUCCAUUUAUAGCCAGCCUCUGCCUGAACUCGCCGAGUGGAUCCCAGAGAGUCUUACUCAGGGCUGCAAAUCCCCGCAGUUCCUCCAAACCUUGUGGGCAACAAUCCAUUCACUUGGGAGGAGUUUUCGAAUUGCAUCCGGGUGCCUCGGUGUUCGUGAACGUGACUGACCCAAGCCAAGUGAGCCACGGGACUGGCUUCACGUCUUUUGGCUUACUCAAACUCUGAACGGUGGCCCCUCGCAGGCCGCGGCUGAGCUCACGCUGGUGGUCGUCGUAGUACAGCAAAGCAUUUAAGACCACCCCCUGUUGAACUGCCUAUUUAUAACCCCUAGGACCCUCCUCGCGGAGAACUAUUUAUUAUACACCCCAAGGCAUGUAGGGCUGCGAGAAGCGCAUCGCGGGGCCGAGCAGCCCAAGCAGGCCCCGUUCGGUAAGAGUUUCUAUUCUGAAGCAGCAAGCCCCACUGAGGCAGACGUCCAGAGAGCCCCAUGAAAAGACGAGACCAUUAUGCACAGAUUGAAUUUGGAGUAAAGAGCAGAUAAUCAGUCAAGUUCAGUUUUGUUUCUUUGCAUGCAGUGUCUUUCCGUGGAUAAUGUCUUUGAUGUAUCAGUGAAGCUGCAGAAGGGGAACAGGGAGCCUCAGCUCACGUUCAAUCACAUGCUUGGCUCCAGGUCCCUGUGCGCCCCCCACCCCCCAUGGAGGGGGCAGGCUCUAGAAAGUCUGAUGCAGUGGAGAACUGAAAAACUCUGCCCCCACCAGCCUCCGCCCUCUCGACACUCAUUCUCUCCCUCCUCCGCCCCCUCGUCCACACAGGCUGUUGCGAAUCGGUUCUCUUACUUCAACCCGGUCCCGUCUCCACCACCGUAGGUGGGAGGAGCGAGAGGGGCAGAAGCUGUAAGUCUGCCCACUCCUCCUCCCGAAAUGACUGUAUUUAAAGGAAAUCUCUCGUAUCUACCUGCAGUCUCCAUUGUUUCCAGA